AAUGACACUAAAAUAGUUGGGCGGAAUCUACAACCAAAAAGUUCAUUUUUUAACGAAUACCAACUGUUUGAUAGCUUCCAUUCCUUCUCUCUCUCUCUCUCUCUCUCUCUCUCUCUUCAUAUCUGUCUUUCAAAUCAGACUUGUUUUUACAGAGAGAGAGAGAUGGCAGCCAUUGCUGGUGGUACUGGUUGUUCUGCUGGUUUGGUGUUCAAGAACAAAGAAUCAUCAUGCAGCAAUGGAGUUUCUGUGUUGCAAUUCAAUGGGAUUAGAGCGGUGGAAAACAAGCAAGUGGGUUCAGCUGGGUGUAAGCCAAAUGGGUUCCUUUCAACUUCAGGCUCGAAGUUCAGAAGAAUCAAGGCCAUGUCAUCUCCUACUGUUUCGGCUCCCAAACGAGAAACGGAUCCAAAGAAAAGGAUUGUCAUAACUGGAAUGGGUGUCGUUUCAGUUUUCGGCAAUGACAUUGAUACAUUUUACAAUAAACUUCUUGAGGGAGAGAGUGGUGUCACCCCUAUUGACAGGUUUGAUGCGUCAUCAUUCUCUGUUCGAUUUGCUGGUCAGAUUCACAAUUUCUCCUGCGAAGGCUACAUCGAUGGAAAGAAUGAUCGCCGACUUGAUGACGCAUGGAGGUACUGCUUGGUCGCUGGCAAGAAAGCUCUUGUUGAUGCCAAGCUUGGUCCGGAAGUCCUUGAAACUAUGGACAAAACAAAAAUAGGAGUUCUUGUGGGAUCAGGCAUGGGAGGCUUGACGGCAUUCAGCUCUGGAGUCGAGGCACUUAUCGAAAGCGGAUAUAGAAAGAUCUCUCCAUUUCUUAUUCCUUAUACCAUCACCAACAUGGGUUCAGCAUUGUUAGCUAUAGAUACCGGCUUAAUGGGACCCAAUUACUCCAUUUCAACAGCUUGUGCAACGGCAAACUACUGCUUCUUCGCAGCUGCAAGCCACAUUAGAAGAGGUGAAGCUGAUAUCAUUGUAGCUGGUGGGACGGAGGCUCCGGUCAACGGUGUUGGGGUUGGUGGAUUUAUUGCUUGCCGGGCCUUGUCUCAGAGGAACAGCGAACCCCACAAAGCUUCAAGACCAUGGGAUAAAGAUCGUGAUGGCUUUGUCCUUGGAGAAGGCGCUGGCGUGCUGAUAAUGGAGAGCUUAGAGCACGCAACGAAAAGGGGAGCCAAUAUAAUUGCAGAGUACUUGGGAGGUGCCGUCACAUGUGAUGCUUAUCACAUGACUGAUCCUCGGAAAGAUGGCCUCGGAGUUUCAUCUUGUAUAACAAUGGCUUUGGAAGAAGCUGGAGUUUCCCCUGAGGAGGUGAACUAUGUGAAUGCUCACGCAACGUCAACUCCCGCUGGGGAUUUGGCAGAGAUUAAUGCCAUCAAGAUGGUCUUUAAGAACACAUCUGAGAUGAAAAUGAAUGGGACCAAGUCUAUGACCGGGCAUGCGCUUGGAGCUGCAGGUGGAUUGGAAGCCAUUGCAACCAUAAAAGCAAUCAACACUGGCUGGCUACAUCCAACCCUUAACCAAUGUAACUUGGAGUCUGAUGUCACAAUCGAUACUGUUCCAAACGUGAAGAAAGAACAUGAAGUUCAUGUUGCUAUCUCCAACUCAUUUGGCUUUGGUGGGCAUAAUGGGGUGGUUGUUUUCGCUCCAUUCAAACCCUAGAUGAAGCUUAAUCGAAGUUGCCUCUCUCCUCACAUUUUCCCUUUUGAAAAGAUUUGAUUUUUGCUAUCAUUUUAUUUGUCCAAAGCAUGACUACAGAAAAUUCGAGUAUCACGGCUUCGCCAUUUGCUUUUCAGACCCAUACACUAUUUGAUGAGACCUGAUUCAUCUCCCAACGAAUAGAACUGUCUUUCCUGUUCCUA